AUGGGCUGUCCUCAUAGCUCUCAACGUUGCAGCUCUUCAGCUGUGCUUCCCCUUUGCUGGGAGCACUUCAGGAGGGAACAGCAAACCUCUUGUCUGGCAAAAGGGCAAGUCUAUUGGGACACAACCUUCAAGAAUUCCUGCGGCACCUUAACAACUGAAGAGCGUGCCAUAAUUCCUUAGUCUUCUGCCAUAAUUAUUACUUUCAGUGUCUCUAGACUGUUUCUUAGCCUCUGGUCUCCAUUCACCAUGAUCUGGAAGAAUCUAUUUGUGGAAUGCCUUCUAAUCACAGCCAAUGCACUGUUCAGCUGUGGGGAAAUGCUGAAUAAUGGGAGCAAAGCCAAGACAGACCAACAACUAAACUCCUUGCUGCUUCUUUCCAACCAUCCUUUCACCUCUCCUCCACACAGUAAGGUAGAAGCUUCCUCCACACCGUUUGUUCGUGGAAUUGCACAACUGGCUGACCAAGAAGCAUAUUCAAUGCAGAAAGAAAAAGCGAUAACAGCCAAACCAAUGCCAUCAUCAUCCAACCAAACUAUAGACCACACACAGGCAAAAGCAACGGUCAAUCCCAUGAGGAUAAGUGCAAAAUCAACUGGUCAGCAUACAGUAUACACAGUGGUAAAAACUACAGUUGUUGCCAGGGGAUCAGGAAGGCAAACUGAGCCAUUAUGGGAUCAGAUCAGAAGUCAUACAGACAAUAGGAAAACAUUAGCUACUGAGAUGACAACUCUGCAGACUGACUCUCCAAAAACUCAGAAGACUGCAACUCUUAUCCGACCGGUAAUUAUGGCAAAUACAAAUAAGACGGUGUCUGAAACAGGUCACAUCCACAUCGCACAACCAGCAACUAAAGGAACAAGGGGUGCUGCCCACAAGAACAUAGCAUCCGUUGUUUCCACUGCUCCAAAGCCUACAACUCCAGUUGGGCCAACUCUUGCUCCUAAGCUCUCUCCAGCUGCAACUGGGACAUAUCGGGUUCCUAAUGGAACUGCAGCUUGCAUCAAAGCAUUGAUGGGCUUGACCCUGAUUGCUAAAAACAGAAAUGCAAACCAUAUGGAAUAUUUCAACAUCGAUCCAAAUGCCACACAAACAACUGGAAUAUGUGGAGCUUUGCUAUCAGUACUGAAAAUUUCUUUCCAAGGAGGUUUCAUUAGCUUUACCUUUCGCAAGACUGGAGAGGAAUAUUAUGUCAGUUUGAUUGAAGCCACUUUAACAGUACCUUCUGAAGGUGUGCCGUAUGUUGGAAUGAAAAGUGAUAAGCUUUUCUCCGUUCAAGUGGGGAAUUGCUUUAAAUGUACCAGCCCACAAACUUUGGACAUGUCUGAGGAUCUUCAGCUACUGGUUGCUAAUUCUCAGCUUCAAGCCUUCGAUUAUAUUGGUGACACGUUUGGGACAGCGGAAAUGUGUGCCCUUGACAGAAACAAGAAACUGAUACCAAUCACUGUGAGCCUCAGUCUUGUCGGAUUAUUUAUCAUUGUGCUUGUCACCUGCGUGAUCUACAGAAGAAAACCAAUCAGUGGAUAUGAGAGUAUCUGAAAAUCUGAACACUGGUUUUACUGCAGGAUGUGGACAAUAUGAAUUAUGAUGAAUGGAAGAUUCUGCUUGUUUGGCAAUGGCUGACACUAUUAUAAGAUACAUUAAUUAUGUUGCAUACCUGAAUUUGUUUCUGCACAUAUAUUUGAAAAAUGAAUGUAUUUUGUCAUUAUUUCUACUGGUAUCCUGCUUUUUGCUUAGUACUCAACAGUUACUAAUUUAAAAUAUCUUUAGCCUGUUACAGACUUAAGGGCACUUUUUUAGUUAAUCAAAAAUUCACUGCUAUUUUAUUGGGAUUUUAAAUAGCAUAAUUUCAAUAAAUAUACUUACAGAAUUGGUGAAUAGGAGCUAUUAUUUGCUAUUAAGAAGGCUUCUGUUGCAACUCAGGGUAGUUUUCACCUUGCUCAAGACACCAACUCACACCAAGGCUGUAGGUUUUGCAGUUUAUUGAGAAAAAGCAAAAUCAAAACAGAGAAAUAGAAAUGCAAAGUUCCAUAGGCAAAACAGAGUCUUAAAUGUAAAGGCAGAGUUCCCAAGAUUCAAAAGCAAAACCAUGAAGCAUAAUCCCUAAGCAAUGGUCAAACAAGAGUCCAUGGUAAACAGGUACAAAUAGGAACAAGAUCCAAGUCUCAAGAAGCCAGAGGCGUGCUGCCAAAAGCCAAGGUAAAUCCACAGAAGUUAACAUAGGAAGAGUAACGUUGGACUGACAGGGAUUGCCUGUCGGCUGCAUCAUUAAAUAGUUUUCCCAAACAUAAAAGCAUUGUGUUGACCUUUGGCUUCACGCCUGUUGGCCAGACGUGAACGUCUACGGACUCUUAAUUGCAAACGAUCUUGUCUAGUCAUUAAUUCAGUCUUAUCAUCAAGGCUAAGCAACUCAUUAUCUCCGGCC